AUGACCAACUCCUUAAAUAGGUUUACAAAUAAAACCCAAGAAUUCAUCAUUAAGUUGAUUGAAGAUGUUAAAGAAAAUUAUAAUGAGCCCGAAGAAGACCAAUUAUUUGAUCCAUUGUUAUUUAUUAUUGAAUGGGUGGAUGCCAGCCUACAACAAUGCCAGAUAUCAAAAACUAACAUCAUCAAUCAAAUUAUUAGAGUUCCUGGUUGCCAGUCACUUACAAUAACUGAUCCUGUUGUUGGUACCCAAUUCCAAACCCAAUCCGAAUCAAUCUUUCAAAUAGUCAAUACUCAUAUUGCUAAUAAAGCAUAA